AGCUUUCUCUUCUCUCUUCAAUCUUCGCCUUCCAAUCUUCCACUUGCUCUCUCUCUCUCUGCUUCUAGUUUCUUCACUUUGUUAUCUAAGUCAUAUCAUGGCCAUGGUUGAAACACAAUCCUCAACAGUAUCCUCGAAGCGCCCAAGAGACGAGGCACAAGAAACCCAGAUGUUAGAGGAUCCCAACAAGCGCCAAAAGUCUUACAAUCACAUACUCUCUCUUCUUGAUGAAGAUGAAGAGGAACCCACCCAGGAUUUGAACUCACUCAUCACUACCUUACAGCAAGAGCUCUCCUCCGACGCUCUUACCAAUCCUGACCAACUCUGUAUCACUUCAGAUGCUUCGGAUGCUUCUGAAGGGUACAAUUCGUCUUCCUCCGACUCUUCUUCUCCUUCUUCUUCCUCGGCACUGUUCUUGAAGGAAGAAGAAGAGAGUAGUGUCGAGAGGGUUAUGAGACACCUUCUAGAAGCUUCUGACGACGAGCUAGGGAUUCCGCAUAUGGAGGCUGGGAAUGUGUUUGAGGAUGCGGAGGAGGUGUUUAGUUUUGGGGACAAUGGGCUUUCUCUUUGUGAUGGGUUGUGGGAGCUUGAAGAUGAAGCUGCAAACUACUAUGCCCUGGUGCAAUCUGAACUGUUCAUGUAGUUACGGGGUGAAAUGGGUGAAAUGCAAAAACAAAGUAUCUAUAGGGGCUUUGGGGAAAAUGUUUCUCAGAGUUUAGAGGGAGAGGUAGUAGAAGUGGAAAGUCUUUUAAAUUUUCAUUUUGGUCCCUCUGAUUUGGGAAAGUAUCAAAUGGCCCCUUGCUUCACUCUUUAGAAGAUUAACUUGUAGAAGGAAAGAUAUUAAUUUAUUACCAUCUUUUUUAUUACAUUACCUUGUUUAAUAUUGCCUUCCAGCCCUUCCUUUAUUUUAAGCUCGAUACCACCGUCGGUGAAUCUUAAGGCACACAAUGUUAGAAGAAAGUUACCUCCAAAUAUCUUGACAAUUACCUUACAAAUUAACCAAUAAAUGAAAUUUACGUCUUUGUGCCUUUACACAUCUGGCUACAAGAGUGAAAAGUAAAAAGGGAUGAAGGAAAAAAGGCCAGAGUAGUUACUCUUGUAGUAUCAUUUUCAGUGUGUAAUCCAACUAAGGAUUUACCUUGUAAAAAAGGUUGUGACAUCUGUACCAUGAAAGGGAACGGUUCCUGACAUUGGAUUCCAUUGUAGUACGAAAUCGAUUUUACCGUUUCGCGCGUGCAAACACAGCCUCUUAUGAAGCAUUGUUUUUACUUUUUAACCCAUGUCUGAAUCUCCUUUGUAUGACGAGCCUCACACACCAUCCCAUAAAAGAAAAGGUAAAGCGUAUCUCAGACCAAG